AAUUAUUUUCCAAAGUGCAUUAGCUACAUGAUGUGUAACCCUCAACAUCCCUCAUUGUAGUCAGAACUGCACAGUAGGUCAGAUGUGGAGGGAGAUAGAUGCCUCUAAAUGUCAGCAACAGGAAAUUACUCUUCAUUUAUGUUUCUCUUGUUAUGUGGGGAUGUUUUGCAGUUUGUUUGGCUUAUCAUUAAUCAGUGAUGUACAGAAAGCAGUGAUGUCCAUGCAACCUCAAAUUCAGAAUCAACAUAAAAUUAUAAACUUUUGGAGUGAACUGCAAAAGAAAAAAGAUUUUUAAAACCACUGUUAUUGAUGUGGGUGUGUGAAAUGUUUCUGGGAUUUGCACUUCAUUCCAAAGCAAAGAGUAAAAUCACAACGUCGGAAAAGGUUGAACUACAGACCCUGCCAGAGCUAUACCAGAGCAUGACUACAAAGAGCUCAGCUACUCUGAUAAUUCUCCAAGAGCAUGACAGCAGCUAGCAAACAUGUUGUUGCUGUGACCCAGAUAGCAUUAGCACUGACAAUAAUGGAUCUGAAACUGUUCAAGAGCCAUAGCAUGUUUACCUUGAAAGCAGACUACAAUAUACAGUAAAUAAGAUGCAUGCAGUGCCUUGCAAAAGUAUUCAUACCCCUUGAACUUUUUUACAUUUUUCCACCUUACAACCACGAACUUAAAAGUUUUUUAUUGAGAUUUUAUGUGAUAGACCAACACAGAGUAGCACAGAAUUGUGAAGUGAAACGAAAAUGAUAAAUGGUCUUCAAAAUUUUAAACAAAUAAAAAUGUGGUGUGCAUUAGUAUUCAGCCCCCUGUACUCUGAUACCUCUAAAUACAAUCCAGUGCAAUCAGUUGCCUUCAGAAGUCGUCUAAUUAGUUAAUAGAGUCCUACUGUGUGUAAUUUACUCUCAGCAUAAAUACACUUGUUCUGUGAAGGCCUCAGUGGUUUGUUAGAGAACACUGAAGAACAAACAGCAUCAUGAAGACCAAAGAACUCACCAGACAGGUCAGGGAUAAAGUUCUGGAGAAGUUUAAAGCAGGGUUAGGUUAUAAAAAAAUAUCCCAAGCUCUGAACAUCUCAAGAAGCACUGUUCAAUCCAUCAUUCAAAAAUGGAAAAAGUACGGCACAACUGCAAACCGACCAAGACAUGGCCGUCCACCUAAACUGACAGAGCGAGCAAGGAGAGCACUGGUCAGAGAAGCAGCCAAGAGGCCCAUGAUCACUCUGGAGGAGCUGCAGAAAUCCACAGCUCAGGUGGGAGAAUCUGUGCACAGGACAACUAUAAGUCGUACACUCCACAAAUCUGGCCUUUUUGGAAGAGUGGCAAGAAGAAAGCCAUUGUUGAAAGACAGGCAUAAGAAGCCAUGUAGGGGACACAGCAAACAUGUGGAAGAAGGUGCUUUGGUCAGAUGAGACCAAAGUUGAACUUUUUGGCCUAAAUGCAAAGCGCUAUGUGUGGCGGAAAACUAACACUGCUCAUCACCCUGCACACACCGUCCCCACUGUGAAACAUGGUGGUGGCAGCAUCAUGCUACGGGGAUGCUUUUCUUCAGCAGGGACAGGGAAGCUGGUCAGAGCUGAUGGGAAGAUGGAUGGAGCUAAAUACAGGGCAAUCCUGGAAGAAAACCUGUUGGAGGCUGCAAAAGACUUGAGACUGGGAAGGAGAUUCACCUUCCAGCAAGACAAUGACCCUAAACAUACAGCCAGAGCUACAAUGGAAUGGUUUAGAUCAAAGAAUAUUCAUGUGUUCGAAUGGCCCAGUCAAAGUCCAGACCUAAAUCCCAUUGAGCGUCUGUGGCAAGACUUGAAAAUUGCUGUUCACAGACGCUCUCCAUCCGAUCCGGCUGAGCUUGAGCUAUUUUGCAAAGAAGAAUGGGCAAAAAUUUCAGUGUCUAGAUGUGCAAAGCUGGUAGAGACAUACCACAAAAGACUUGCAGCUGUCAUUGCAGCAAAAGGUGGCUCUUAGGGGUGUAACGAGAUCUCAUGACACGAGAUCUCGCGAGAUUAAAACAUGACGAUAUUUCUCGUCAAGCUUGACCCUGUCUCGCGGGAACAAAAAAAAAAACAGUUAUCAGUUACAGAGGAUCUUUGCUAGUAGGUAGUAGCAGCCAGUGUAAUGUCGGAGUUGGAGGAAAUUCGGGUAGAAGAUGCUCUCGCUACUUUUAAGUCGUAUGUCUGGCUGCAUUUUGGGUUCCCGGUGGAAACAAUAAACGGCAAUACAGCGACAGACAAGACACGAACCAUUUGUAAGCACUGUAAGAAAAUCAUGCCGUACACUGCGGCUAAUACAAGCACUAUGCAAAAACACUUAUAGCACCACCAUGGCUCUCUACUUAAGCCAGUCAUGGCUGUAAAGAAAAUGAUGAAAGGACAGACAACACUUAAAAAUCCCUUUGGACCUCAACUUCCACAGUCAAGUGCUGGAGCCACGGCAAUAACAAGAGACAUAGGCGUUUUCAUUGCAGCUGAUAUGAGACCAUUUUCUGUUGUAGAAAAUGCAGGAUUUAGGCGACUCAUCCACACUUUGGAACCAAAAUACACCAUACCAUCACGUUCGCAUAUUGCUCGCACAGUGGUGCCAAAUAUUUACGAAGAGACCAAGGCUAUGAUUAAACAGACUCUAAAAGAGGCAGAAAGCAUCGCCAUAACAACCGAUGGUUGGACAUCUAGAGGUACACUGAGUUAUAUCACAGUUACGGCUCACACAAUUGCUAGUGACUGGAAAAUGGUAAAUGUUGUACUUCAGACUCGCCCGCUUUUCGAGUCCCACACAGGGACAAACACAGCCGAGGUUUUACAAGCAGCUAUCACUGACUGGGAGCUUACAAGGCCAAACCAUGGCAUCCGUAUUGUAACUGAUGAUGCGCAUAACAUGGAUGUGGCUGCACGCGAAGCAAGAUUGGAGCCGCACAUAAAGUGCUUUGCCCACACUAUAACCUUAGCUACGCAGGCUGGUCUCAGUGUAGCGCGCGUCGCUCGUUUGCUCGGGCGGGUGAGACGUGUGGCUGCUUUUUUCCAUCGGAGUACUACAGCUACCAUAGUGUUAAUGUCAAAGCAGAAACUGCUACAACUACCACCACACAAGUUAAUCAUGGACGUCACUACACGAUGGAACAGCACUGUUGAUAUGCUGGAUUGUUACCUGGAGCAGCAAGCCGCUAUCGCAGCAGCUCUUACCAGCCCAGAGAUAAGACAAAAUGCCCGAACCAUCGAUACACUCGACAGCUCCGAUUUCAGAGAUGCCAAAGACCUUGUGAAGCUGUUGCAUCCUUUGAAGACAGCCACCACUGUCUUAUGUGAAGAGAAGAGCCCCGCAGUGUCACUUAUUGUUCCACUGAAGAACAUGAUCGAACAGAGCAUGACACCGAAUGAUGGCGAUUCCACCGCUGUGGCCGACACAAAGAGCGCAAUCCUCAGUAAUAUUUCAGGAAGAUAUAGUGGAGAUGCAUACAACUUUCUGCUGGAGUGCACAGCGCUGGACCCAAGGUUCCGGACUCUACCUGAGUUAGACCAUGAUCAGCGCACACUGUUUUCAUGAGGGUACAGAAGAGGAUAAAACAGCUGCAGCAAAAUCAGACCACUGCUGAGGAGAGGGCAGAGGAGGCAGCCACCAGUGGAGCUCACUAUCCCACACAUGGAGGAAAAGGGUAUCUGGGAGC